AGCCUAAGUCUGGGCUGGAGAUGUGACUCAGCAGCCAGCCGGACCCUGGGAAGGAACCUUCUCUACCUGUAAGCCUCACUGGAGCCACCUGAGUAAACGCUUGCCGCAAGGUGACAGAAAUGGACAGUGCAAUGCCUGCCCUUGAUGAGCCGCCUCUCAGAGGUAAAAGGAUGCAAGAUCUCCAAGCGAUGCUGGAGGAAGCGGGACUGUCAGCUGAGUAUUGGCUGCCCAAGAUGCAGGAACACCUGGGAGUGACCUGUGCUCAGGCCUUACAACACCUAGAAGAAAAAGACCUCCAGAAGCUGAAAGCCCAGGCGCAACAUCCCUGGGAGAAAAGGGCCCUGGAGAAGCUGUUGAAGCUGUCGCACGCAAGUAGCCUUUCAGAGUUACAGGAGGCCCAGGUGGCAAUGACCAAGAAGAACCUGAAGAAGGCAGAACAGGCACUGCAGGAGCUGAGAGACUUGCUGUCAGAGGGGAGGCAACGACAGGAGGAGGCCGUGAAGACAAAAGAGGCAGAGCUGAGGCAGGCAAUGGAGAUCCCCACAGAGUAUUGGCCACACCCUGAGAAACCCCUAAGAGAAGUCAUGGAAAACAUCCAGGCGCACAUCACCCACACGGAGGGGACACUGUCUACCAGGCAAAACCUCCCAGACAGAGAUCUGGUGAGAUGGGCAUCGGGAGGGCUGGCUCUGCAGGGAAUUUUCAAGACCAGCCACCAAAGGGGGCUCGUAGAGAAGAGAGAGGAACUACUCAGUGUCCCAAAGGAGUUCUCACUCCAUGGCCCUGAGCAGGGCACACGGAUGGAAACAAGGGAAUUUACGUCUUCUCGGGCAGAAUCCAUGUUCACCCAGACAGUAGAGAAACUGGGCUUUAGUGUUAUUGCCUCGGCCAAGGGCGGAGGAUGGGGGUUUAGCUUGGAAGCUGGUAUGGACCAGAGCAAACAUUCAGAAUCCAAAGACAUGGAGCAGUCACGUUCUGAGCAUUCUUAUUUCUGCUCUACCAAGUUCAGCUAUGUGCCACUCGCCUCCUGCCGCUUUCCCGUUGAUCAGCUCCACUUCUCCAACGCUGCCCUGCAGGAACUGAAAUGGAUUGAAGACCUUCUCAGCCAGCCUGAAGGACCAGACCGGCUCCCCAUGCUGAGACGCAGGGCUGAAGCUUUCCUCCACAGGUUUGGCUCCCAUGCUAACCAGGGCCCUCUGCACCUGGGGGGAAUCUACUGGUGGAAAGCCGUCUCACAGGGUUUCCAAAGUGAGCAGCUGGCAGAAGUAAAGCAGCAGUCGGCAGAGGCCCUGAAUGGUUACAUAAGGGGCAGCUACAGUGGCUUUGGGGUGAAAGUUGCUGGAGGUGUGGAGGCGUCAACCUCUCAUGCAAAAAGCUCCACUCAGAGCACAACCUCCCAAAAUCUUCACACCGAAGUCCAAUUAUCUGUCGACCAGACAGGUGGCCCACCUGAAGCAAAUGGCUUUUUCCAGUGGAAAGCUGGCCUCGUUGCCAGUAAUCAAACCUGGUGCGUCAUCGACCGGGGACUUCAGCUGGUGCCCAUUUGGGACAUCAUCCUCUCCAGCCACAGGGGUGAUAUUAAGGAUCCUCUUCGGGUAGCUAACCUUCUGAAAGACAGCUACGCUGCUCUGACUGGCCUCCCUGCCCAGAUCCAGGGUGGGGAAGAAUUACUGAGUGUUAGGAAGGAAGCUACGGUUUUCCUAGAGGAAGUGAAGUCCUGGCAGGUAUCAGAUCCUGAAGGGCAGCUUCAUAAACUGAUAGAUUUCAUGCAAAUGUUGAGCCAGAAAACAAAAAGUUAUGACACUUGGGUUAACAUAUGCCUCACAGAUCAUGGUCUGCAGAAUUUUCUGGUAAACACUGUUGACUAUUGCAGAAUGUCUUCCAUUUAUAAAAGUAAAUUGGUUAAAUCUCAGUUGCGCAGCCUUUUGGAUCCUCACAUCUACAGAGCGGAUAACUUUCCUCAGGCUCAUUCCAUCAUGCAGUGGGUCUUCCAGUCAGGGUCAGAGCAAGAGCACAUCAACAUCUCCCAAUUUUCUGAAUUCAUCAAAAUCUUGCAAGAAGCCAAGAAUGACCUCAUGGAAGCGAAUGCUAAAUCUGAGCCUGCAGAAAUUCUGGAGGGAGCGCAAAGGAAGGCCACUUGUGAGGUCAGCUUGUCUCUUGGCUCUUUCCUGAAUCACCUCCAAGAAACAGGGCAGACAGACACACAGCUCUUGCUACGUUUUAUUGCAGCUGGUGCGGGAUACCAUGUGGUAAACAACACUUUUCACUGUCUCCUGGGGUGUGAUGCAUUAGACUUCCUACUGAAUGAAAUGCAAACUGCCCAAGAGAAAUACGAGGAGCUCAAAACUAUUUGCACCUACCGGGCUCAGGCAUUCCUGGUGCUCACAGGUCUCACAGCUACUGCUGGAGUGACAGCUCUUUCGCCAGAGGAGAAAGCAGAACGAUUUGCAUUACUAGAAAAACACAUGGGCCAACCUUUGUCCGAAGAAGUUGCGCAUGUCCUCUCCAAACGGGGAGCCAGUCAUGAUUGGGAAAACCUAGAGAAAGACUUGAGAUCGCUCACUGAUGGCACUUAUGACGCCACCACUUCUUUGUUGCGAAUGGAUGAGGUAAGAGAGAACUUGGAGAAUGUUUUCCAUGGAAAGAAACGAUCCCAUGAACCACAUGAUAGAGAAAAUAGCCGACGAGAAGUCAUCGAAGACAGGGCUUUCCUGGAAUUACUCCAGCGUCUAGGCCUAGAACAAUACUAUCGAAAAAGGUUGAGCAGAGAUAACUUCCAUUUGAUCCACAAGACUUCUGUGUACAACACCAAACCCAGCUCUGAAAGGGAGCUUCCCUUCUAUUUCCUGCAGAAGUUACUGGUGCUGGAUUAUGAGCUGAGAUACAUAGUCUUCAGGGAGGAUGGAAACACACAAAAUCAAGUUUCUCCAAGUGCAUCGAAUCAAGAAAAUGAGGCCCUUGAUCCGUAUGAAGACUUGUUUGAAGACGGUGAUACUCCCACUAAUCCUGUGGCCACUAAUCCUCGACCCCAUAUUCACCCCAUGGAUAUUCAGAUGGCAGUUCUUCACUGUGCAGACGAUUUUGCCAGACAAUAUAUUUUGUCCAAACUUUCCAUCUGCCAGUUUGCCCUCCCCCUUCUCAUACCUAAUCCCUGCAAUUCUCAAAUUGAAUUCUCUCUCUGGUCUCUCAGUCAGAUUAGAAAAAGCUGGCAGGAAGCAAGGACAUCACCAAAAGGGGAGAAGAUCAAUUAUAAGAAUAAGCAGAUGUGUUCUGUCCCUACCCCCAUUGUGUCUUUCAUUAGAGUCGGAAAUAACUUCUCUUCUUCCAAAUCUCAGAUCAUGAACUGUCUUCUCAGCAAACGUAGGCAUGAUGUCUUUUUUCACCGGCAUUGCAGAGGGAGCACCAAAGACUGUCUCCUGAUGAAGGGCGUGGUGGAAGUCUGCUGGUUCUGUCCUGGAGGGGAUGAUGAGGACAGAUUUGGAAACUGCUUGACCUUUGCCAAUCUUCAUGGAGAUGCAAAGGAACACGAGAAGCAACUCGCCUUCCUGCAGGAGGUCUCUUCUCUCAUUGUGGUCCUCAUGUCAACUUCUGAUGACAAUAAAGAAAACCGAAAAAUUGUGCGUGACCUGAGUCAGUCACCAAGACCUUUGAUUUAUUUACUUGACAACAAAGAAAAAGCCGUGGUCAAUAAUUCUAACCAAAAAGUGCGAAUUGGGAUCAGGAACCGAAAUGAGGCAGAAUUAACAGAGGAGCUCAUUACUACAAUCAGACGUUUGGUAGCGCUCUCAGACACUGCUCUCAGCUUAGACGACUGUGCCGCAUAUGCUCGCAAGCAAGGAUUCCUGAUUGAUGAAGACCAGAGAGAAUGCAAGGAAGCCAAAGAAAAGGCACAGUGGCUAAUGGUUCUACUGAAAGAAAUGAAGAUAUCUCAGGUGAAGGAAAACUUUCUACCCCUUCAAGGACAAUUGUGGCAUCUUUGGUGUAAAAAGGACAAAGAACUCUAUCACCUGACAGAAAAGGGGAAUCGGAGCAUUGAACAGCACAAGAGUGAGGUUGAGAAAGAAAAACAAAGAAUACGGCAAGAACAGUUCACCAGAGCCUUUCCUCUCAAUGACUUAAUGCAAGCUGUCCUUCAAAUUCUCCAAAAUCAUUCAGAAACUCAAACCGUACUCUACUUUUUGCAGUGGCUCAGUGUGUUUAUGGACAACCUGACCGCAGGACACUUGGAAAAACUGAAUGAAAAGAAAAAUGCUCUGUGGUCACAGAUACAAACAGAAAAGCAAAAGGCACCAAAGAGCAGCAACCUACUACGCUGGCAAGGAGAGAUAGAAGUUAUCUCCGAGGAGAUUAGUGACUGUACCCUGGGGGUUGAGCAACUUCUCAGAGAAGCUGGCCAAAUUUAUGAAGCUCUAGAAGAAGCUUCUGCCACCAAAAAUGAACUUUUUCUCUCUCUUCCCCAGAUUGCUGCAGAUCUGCUGAUAUCUGGUGUCCCCAUUGAGCUGAUGGAUGGGGACGCUUCCUAUGUGCCUCUCAAGUGGGUGGCAGCUCUUUUUGACAAGGUCUCUGAGAAACUUGGGAACAAAAAGAUCUUCGUUCUCUCCAUCCUUGGCCUCCAGAGCUCGGGGAAGUCCACCCUGCUGAACGCACUUUUUGGGCUGCAGUUCACUGUCAGUGCUGGCAGGUGCACCCGGGGCGCCUACAUGCAGCUCCUGAAAGUAGAAGAGACUUUCGUAGAGGAACUGGGCUUUGACUUUGUGCUUGUUGUGGACACCGAAGGACUCCGGGCCCCAGAACUCAGCAACAAAUCCAAGAAUCGUGACAAUGAGAUGGCAACCUUUGUCAUUGGACUUGGAAAUUUGACUCUGAUCAACAUUUUUGGGGAAAACCCAUCAGAAAUGCAAGAUAUUCUACAAAUAGUUGUGCAAGCUUUUAUGAGGAUGAAACAAGUGAAAAUCUCACCGAGCUGCUUCUUUGUCCAUCAGAACGUGGGGGAAGUCACAGCUAAAGACCAAACUAUGGAAGGACGCAGGCGCUUAGAGCAGAGACUGGAUGAGAUGGCAGCAACGGCGGCAGAGCAAGAGCAGUGCUCAGGUGUAACUCGCUUCAGCGACGUCAUUAAAUUUGAUAUCAAUACUCACGUCGACUACUUUGCUCACCUCUGGGAUGGCAACCCCCCAAUGGCUCCUCCCAAUCCUCGCUACAGCCACAACAUCCAGGAACUGAAAAGGAGAAUUCUUAAGACUGCCAAGGAGGACUCUAGGGGAAGCAUCAUGAAGAUAUCAGAUGUAAAAGUCCGAGUUCAAGAUUUGUGGAAAGCCCUGGUGAGUGAAAAUUUUAUUUUUAGUUUCAGGAACACCCGAGAGGUCAUGGCCAUGAGCAAAUUAGAGACCAUGUAUAACUCCUGGACCUGGCAUCUCAGGAGUCAUGUGCUAGGCUUGCAGAACCAGCUGAUCAACCAGAUUAAGAAUGGAAAAAUCCAGACAGUCACAACAAGCACACUUGAGGCUGAAGUUUCAGAAAAAUAUGAAGCCAUCAAGGAAGAGCUUGAAAAAUAUUUUAAUGAAGACCCAGAGAGUGAAAUCCUGAUUCAGUGGAAAGCAAAUUUUGAAAAUAAGCUAAUAAACCUUAAAGAGACACUUAUUUUAGAGAGCAAAAAUAAAGCUGAGGGACAUAUUAGUUACAAAAAGAAUCAAGAAAAGCUGGAUAAUAAAAAAUCAGGUUAUGAAGAGGAAUUACUGGAAAGAAGCCGAGAACUGGCUUUAACUGUAAAGGGCAAAGAACUGAGUGAGGAAGCGCUGUAUGAGAAAUUCAAUCAAGUUUGGCAAAAAUGGGUCUACGAUGUGUCAUCAACAGUCCCUUCAGUCAAAGAGCCUAAUAUUCAUGUGGAUUCUGAAAACAUCCUUUUGGAACAUUUUAAAAAGGAGAAAAACAUUGGGAACACACUGAAGAAAAAUUAUGGAAAAGUAUUUCAAAUCAAUUAUGAUGAACAUGUCAAAUUGAACAAAAAAUGGGGCAUUUUCCCAAUGAACUUAGGAGUCUCUGAUAAAGAGUCCAUAAAUAGGACCACUGACCACAUUGUUUCAAGAUUUAAUGAAACUAUUAAGAACAUUCAAAGGGAAGACUACAAUCCAACUUAUUUCCAUGAAAUCCUGAGAAUAAUAGAAGAGGGGGUGAAAUCUGCACCCACUGAGGAAAGAUACACAUUUACAAAUAAAUAUAAAAUUGACUUAUCUUUGUGUUUAUUCCAAAGAGCAUCAAAAAAGUUUGAACAAAUGCACAAGGCAUUCAAAAGAGCAAAUGAUCCUGUACACUAUCUGCAAAGCAAGAAAGAUGAUUUCUUCAUGAGUUUUAAGAUCUCUUGUCAAGGAGCAACCUCUAUCACAACAUUUGUUAACUUCCUGUGGCACAAACUCACUCCUGCCGUCUCCACCGCCACUAGGGGAGGAAUGGUCCUUAAAAUUGCUGGGGACAUGCGAGCUUCCUGCCCAGCAUUCAGCGGAAACAGGGCUAACCUGGAGAAACACGUUCUUAUCUCUCUGGCAGAAAAAGAAAGUUUUGAGGAUUACUGGGAGUACAUUCAUGAUCCAGAAGCAUUUUUUAGGAAUUUCAUUCAAAAUCAUAUUAAAAGGUAUUGUUCAGACCAAAGAAAGGAGAAAAUAAAGACUUUUUUAAACAUGAGUAUACAGGACAUCAAGAACACCAUCCUCUUUGCUAUUCAUGAGUCCACAGCAAGAGUUAAAGGUAAGAGCAGCACCGCAUCUGGGUGGUUGGAUUCCUUCUGUGAUCACGUGGGGAGUAACUUGAUCUUUCCACGAAAAGACUUGAUAAGCAUUGAACAUCAGGAGAUAAAAGAUACUGAGUUUCUCAAAGAAGCCAUGAGUGACGCUUUGGAUCCUGCAAUGAGCACUGUAGAAGAGGAGUAUUGGACUCUGCCCAUAGAAGAAAUGGUUCCUGAAAUCCAGAAAAUGCUCUCUGAACACCUCUGUGGGUGCUGGAAACAGUGUCCCUUCUGUAAAGCCAUUUGUACAAACACAAUCCCUUCACAUGAUGGAGACCACAGUGUUCCUUUCCAUCGUCCUGAGGCUGUCAAUGGAUGCCAAUGGGUUAAUACAGACCAUUUUUCCAUUGAUUACUGUACUAGUUCAGUAGCAAGUGAUUGUUCCUUUAUUUUGAGUGACGGUCGCGAAUUCCCAUACAAGAACUAUCGAAAGGCAGGAGGGGAAUAUGCCACGUGGAGCAUCACCCCAGACACAUCCACCCAGCCAUACUGGAAAUGGUUUGUCUGUCACUUCCGUUCAAACCUAGAAGAAAAAUAUGAGAAAACAUUUAGAGGUAGGGGCGAAAUCCCUGAGGCCUGGACCAAAAUCACAAAGCAGGAUGUGCUGGAUGAUUUGAAAAAGCAAUAA